AUUACUCAAAAUUCGUUUGUUAAUGAUAUGAAAUUUUCCAAGCGAUUGACCAGUGAAAAUGCCAAUAAUUUGUGUAUUUCAUUUAUCGCGUGCCGCUGCCGUGUACUACACUGGCGAACAAAUUUCGGGCUCCCUCGCAAUUAAAGUGGAAGGCAAGAAGCCUGUUCCCGUGGAGGGCAUCAGCAUCACCCUCUGUGGCAUUAGCAAUGUGCACUGGCAGGAGUCCCUGGGUGGCCCACCACAAAUUGAACAUAACGACAGCUCCAGGAGCUGCGUGGAGCCAGCCAAAGUGGACUACAAAGGCAGAAAAGUUCACAUAAAUCAAGUAAAGAAGUUGACUGGUGUACAACGCCUACUUCCGGGCACAACUCAACUGUGGAACUUUGACUUUGAACUUCCCGACAGUCUGCCAGCCACUUGUCGAGUGGGUCAUGGCUCUGUCGAGUAUACCCUCCAAGUGAUUAUCGAACGAAGAAGCAAACAUUUCAAGUGCUUCACGCAGCGUUUGGUCAUUCGAAGAAGCCUUGCAUUUACAGAUCUCAAACCGCAAAUGAAACAGGAUUCAAUACUGAGACUUUCCAUACCAAGAAGUGUCUUUGUGCCAGGUCAAAGUGUUGCCUAUGAGGUGACAUCAAAGGAUGGCUCUGCUGCCAUCACACGCUUGUGCCAGUGUAUCAAAUAUGAGAGUCACAAUCCUCAAAGAAAGACAAAGCAAGUGAUACGUUGCCUAUCAGAGUGCUCUGAGCUCCAAGCCGAACUUCGUCUGCCUUUGACCUCUCCAAUUAUGACUGAUGAAAGGCAGCCACAACCCAUAGAAAUCAGCUAUUACAUUGAGACUCUUGAGAGCCACCUGAAACCACCUCUAAGGCAGCCAAUUAGUGUGGGAACUUCAGCACCACCUGCCAUUUCUACCAUUGAAUCGUCGCGUCUUUGUUUUGUGAAUUUGGCCCUGAGUCAAAGUGAAUUGUUUGAGCCAAUUAACCAGCUACUGUCCCACAGCUGCUGCUCCCAGGAAAGUGGCGCCCUGGCAAUGGGCAAACACUGUGAACGGAUUAAAUUACUGAAAUGCCAGAAGAAACGCUCGUAUGUGCAAUUGUUGAUGCGGUAUUUCUAUAAAAGAUUGCUGCCCUAGCACGUGCCUGACUGGCCAAUAUCACUAAUAA